AUGUGGCGCAGGGGCCUCAGCAGCGUGGCCCAAGGCUGGCUGAGCUGCGACGUGGUGGUAGUGGGCGGCGGUCAUGCCGGCUGCGAGGCGGCCGCGGCCGCCGCCAGGCGGGGCGCCGCCACGCUGCUCGUCACGCCCUCGCCCUCCGCCAGCAUCGGUGAGAUGAGCUGCAACCCCAGCAUCGGCGGCGUGGCCAAGGGCACGCUUGUGCGAGAGGUGGACGCCUUGGACGGCCUCAUGGCGCGAGCGGCGGAUGCGGCGGGCAUCCAGUUCCGCAUGCUGAAUGCGUCCAAGGGGCCCGCUGUGCGGGGUCCCCGUGCCCAGAUGGAUCGCGUCUUGUACAAGUGGGCCGUGCAGCGCAUGCUGGGCGGCGUGCCGGGGCUGGCCAUCCACGACGGUGCAGUGGUGGACCUGCUGGUAGAGCCGCGCCCCAGCGGUGGCGGCCCGGGGCCGGUGGUGGCAGGCGUGGUGCUGGCCAGCGGCGAGCGCAUCCUGUGCCGCUCCGUGGUGGUCACUACAGGCACCUUUCUGCGGGGCGUCAUCCACGUGGGCAGCCACAGCCGCCCGGCGGGCCGCAUCGCCAGCCUGACCUCCGCCCGCGAGGCUUCCAGGCCCGAGGCGGCGAGGGAGGCGGAGCUGACGGACGAGGCGGAUGUGACGGCGGCGGGAGCCGCCACACGCCUGGCACGCCGCUUCGCCGACCUCGGCUUCGCCCUGGGGCGCCUCAAGACCGGCACGCCGCCCCGCCUGGACGGCCGCACCAUUGACUGGAGCGUGUGUGAGGAGCAGCCGGGCGACGGUGCCCCCACGCCCUUCUCCUUCCUGCACCUGCAGCAGCCGGGGUGGAGCCCGCCGGCGGGCCAGGUGUCCUGCUUUGGCACCCGCACCACUGCUGCCUCAGAGGCACUGGUGCUGGACUGCAUGGCUUCAGGUGAGCGGAGAGACGGCAUGACGGUGGCACAGGGCGGGUGUGUGGAGCCGCGCUACUGCCCCUCCCUGGAAACCAAGUUCAGGCGCUUCCCCGGGCGCACGCACCACGUGUGGCUGGAGCCCGAGGGCCUGGGCACGGAUGUGGUGUACCCCAACGGCAUCAGCAACAGCAUGGAGCCGGAGGACCAGCUGCGCCUACUGCAGACCAUACCCGGCCUGGGCGCUGCGCGCAUGCUGGCGCCGGCGUAUGCUGUCGAGUAUGAUUACGUGGACCCCCGAGAGCUGGCCCCCACCCUGGAAACGCGGCGCCUGCGGGGGCUGUACCUGGCGGGGCAGAUCAACGGCACGACGGGAUACGAGGAGGCUGCGGCGCAGGGGCUGGUGGCGGGCGCGAACGCGGCGGCGCCAGGUGGGCGCGACCCGCUCCUGCUGUCCCGCGCUGACGGGUACCUGGGUGUGCUGGUGGAUGAUCUGGUGGGGCGCGGUACCAGCGAGCCGUACCGCAUGCUCAGCGCACGCGCCGAGUUCCGGCUGCGCCUGCGUCCAGACAAUGCCGACCUGCGGCUCACCGAGGCGGGGUUGCAGCUGGGGCUGGUGGGCGCGGAGCGUGCGGCGUCCUUCCAGCAGCGAAGGCAGCAGGUGGAAGAUGCGGAGCAGCUCCUGGAUGCCAUCCAGCUGUCCAGCUCAGCAUGGGCCCGCCGGGGCUUGCACGUGUCGCAAGACGGCGACUACAUCAGCGCAGCUCAGAUGCUGACUCGCCCGGGCAUCACACUGAGCCAGCUGGCGGCCGCUGCAGCGGCAGAGCAGGUGCCAGGGUGGCAGCAGCUGCAGGAGCUGGCGGCGGCGGCGGCGGUGAGCGCGGUCCCCUACCUCGAGAAGAUGGAGGCUGAGGUGGCAGAGCUUCGGCGGGACGAGGCGCUGCUCAUUCCAGAAUGGCUGGACUACUCCGCCCUGCAGCUGUCGGCAGAGGACAGGGAGAAGCUGACAGCUGCGCGGCCCACCAGCCUGGCAGCAGCCCAGCGCAUCCCUGGCGUGACACCCUCGGCGCUGCUCCUGCUGCUGCAGCACGUGCGGAAGCGGCAGCCGCGGGAGGGCGGGGGUGAUGGCAGCAGAAGGAGCAGCGCUGCUGAUGGCAGCAGCCAGCUGGCACAGGAGGCGGCCGCAGAGGCGGCGGCCUCGGGCUUUUGA